UCAAAAUAGGACCAUUAAAAUGAAGCCUAUCGUACUGGUGCUAUUCGUUGCCGCGGGCGCUUUUGCCGCUCCAUCGGUUGUUCUCAACGAAUACAGUGAAAACGAACUGCCUCGCUCUAACUCUCUGACCGAACGCGCCUUCGGUCUGAUCGAUGGCGGCGAUGUCAACAUCCACAUCCUGAACCUACAAGCAGUUCUCAAGGACCUUUCUGAACGUGACCCGCGCAGCCAGGCCCUCGCGUUUGGACAAACCCUUGGAGUCCUCGUUGAUCUUGCUACUGGCAUCCCUGGCGACUCCUGCGCAUCUGCUGCUUUGAUCAACGCUUACGCAGCAGGCGUUAAGAGCGGUAACUUCUCCGGUUUCCGUUCAGUGCUGUACAACUUCGUCCGUCAGCUGGCCAGCAACCUGAAGCUCAUCGUCAAGCUGGCUUCCAAUCCGGCUUCCGUCCGCUUCUCUACUGGACCCUCUGGAGGCUGCUUAGGAUCAGGCAGAUCUUACCAAUUCGAAGCUGCCUGGGACGCCAUCUUAUCCAGCUCAUCUUCGAGCCUCGUCCAUGAACAAUACUGCACAGCCAAACGCCUUUACUACGCGUUUAACAGUCGUAGCAACAACGUAGGAGCUACCAUCACCGCCCUGUCGCUGCCACCAGUAGCCCAGGUGCUGGAAGCAGCUGGAGAAUCCACAUCUAACUUAUUGAGAGCUGUCGCUAGCGGGUACGACGCAUCUGCUGCCGCCGCCUCAGCCAACAAAGCACUUCUGCGGGCAGUCGAAAGAAUUCAAUUAUAAACAAACAUAUCAAUAAAAUAUAUAUGAAUGUUAAACAAAUAUUCUUUUUAGCUCCAUAUAACAAAAUAUGUAUUAGUUUUGGUAUUCUAAAUAAUAUUUACACAUUUAGACUUAUUCUAAUUGCGACAACAUAAAAUUUUAAAUGUAUAUAAUUAUAUCAUUAUUGUACUUUACAAGGAUAUAACGACCUGACUUUCAUUUCGGUAAAGAUUAUAUAAAUAAAGAUGUAUCCGGUUUUCUAUUGAAAA